GUUACGAGCAUCCCGGGUGCUGCUGGUGGGAAUGAAAGGUCUGGGAGCAGAAGUGGCCAAAAACCUGAUCUUGGCAGGAGUUAAAAGCUUGACCAUGUUGGACCAUCAGCAGGUCUCCCAAGAGGACAUUCGGGCUCAGUUCCUCAUCCCAGUGGGAUCCUUGGGUCGGAACCGAGCGGAAGCGUCUCUGGAACGAGCCCAGAAGCUCAAUCCCAUGGUGGAUGUUAAAGCUGAUCCUGAGAAUCUGGAGAGCAAAUCCGAGGAAUUCUUCACCCAAUUCGAUGCAGUUUGCCUGACCUGCUGCUCCCGGGAUCUGAUGGUGAAAAUUGACCAAAUUUGCCACCAAAACAGGAUCAAGUUUUUCGCUGGAGACGUUUUUGGCUUCCAUGGCUUCAUGUUUGCUGACCUGGGGGACCAUGAGUUCGUGGAGGAGAAAACCAAAGUGACCAAAGUCAGCUCGGGGGUGGAGGAUGGACCAGACACCAAGAAAGCCAAACUUGACCCCUCAGAGACAACCAUGGUGAAAAAAAGGGUGGUUUUCUGCCAGCUGAAGGAAGCUCUGGCCAUCGACUGGAGCGGGGAGAAGGCGGCGGCGGCGCUGAAAAGAAUCACUCCAGAUUAUUUCCUCCUCCAAGUGCUGCUGCAGUUCCGGGCGGAUCGGGGCCGCGAUCCCUGCCCCCAGCACCACGCGCAGGACUCGGAGCUGCUGCUCCAGACCCGCAGGGAUGUCCUGGGAGCCCUGGGAGUGGGAGCUGAAAUCCUGCCCGAGGAGUUUGUCAGGUGA